AUGUUAGCUGUUAUUGUUAAUGGUGUACAGCUUAUUUAUAGCUUCCCUGUGCUACUUUCUUUAGAUUGUAAGAAAUGGAUGUCACAGUGGUGUGCAAUUGGCACUGCAAAUACAAUAGGCAACAUGCUUUAUCCAAUUGUCCUGAUGUGGCGCUUCCGACGUAAGAUCGAGGAGGGUAUUCCAACAGCUGAAAGCAACAUACACCUUUUCGUAAAGGAACCAACGAAUAUUGUCUUCCUUUUGUUUCUCAUCUGGGAGAUUCUGUGGAUGUCACACUCCCCAAGCCUUCCUGAUUCUUCGUUAUCCUCGGGCCAAUGUAGCCACUACGUUUUAUUUUUAAUUAUAUUCUCUAGUGUUUGGAUGUUUUUGUUGUUGCUGCUCGUAAUGUUUACUUUCAUGACGGACUUUGGACGGCCACCGCGGUGGCGCGAGUGGGCGAAUGAACGCUGGAGGCAAAGGCAGGAAAUUUUUUCAUUAGUGCAUUACGGUGUUCCUAAUCCUCCUGAAAAUACUCGACGCAAAACGUUUUCUGAAACAUUUGCAGAUAUAAUGGGAACGCAUACCGAUUUGGGGCCUGCUCAGCCGGAUGUGAGGCGCGGUUGA